AGCAGCCUGGAGCCUGGAGUGGGCAACGCGGCGUGAGCAGCGGCCCCAAGCUCCUGGAGCAUCGCGCCUGGAGGAGACUUCGCAGCUCGGGGCCUCAGCCUGUGUGACCUCAUCGCUGCCCUGUCGUGACUUCAUCAAUGUCGUGUUGUGACCUGGCUGCGGCGGGACAGUUGGGCAAGGCGGGCAUCAUGGCCUCGGAUUGCGAGCCAGCUCUGAACCAGGCAGAGAGCCGAAACCCCACCCUGGAGCGGUACCUGGGAGCCCUGCGGGAGGCCAAGAAUGACAGCGAGCAGUUUGCAGCCCUGCUGCUAGUGACCAAGGCAGUGAAAGCAGGAGACAUCGACGCCAAAACUCGGCGGCGGAUCUUCGAUGCUGUCGGCUUCACCUUUCCCAACCGUCUGCUGACCACCAAGGAGGCACCCGAUGGCUGCCCGGACCACGUUCUCCGGGCGCUGGGCGUGGCCCUGCUGGCUUGCUUCUGCAGCGACCCUGAACUGGCCGCCCAUCCCCAGGUUCUGAACAAGAUCCCCAUCCUUAGCACCUUCCUCACAGCCAGGGGAGACCCCGAUGACGCUGCCCGCCGCUCCAUGGUUGACGACACCUACCAGUGUUUGACGGCCGUAGCAGGCACGCCCCGAGGGCCCCGGCACCUCAUUGCGGGGGGCACCGUGUCUGCCCUGUGCCAGGCCUACCUAGGGCACGGCUACGGCUUCGACCAGGCCCUAGCGCUCCUUGUAGGGCUGCUGGCUGCUGCCGAGACCCAGUGCUGGAAGGAGGCGGAGCCCGACCUACUAGCCGUGUUGCGGGGCCUCAGUGAGGAUUUCCAGAAAGCCGAGGAUGCCAGCAAGUUCGAGCUCUGCCAGCUGCUGCCCAUCUUCCUGCCCCCGACAACCGUGCCCCCUGAAUGCCUCCGGGAUCUGCAGGCCGGGCUGGCACGCAUCCUGGGAAGCAAGCUGAGUUCCUGGCAGCGUAACCCUGCGCUGAAGCUGGCAGCCCGCCUGGCUCAUGCCUGUGGUUCCGACUGGAUCCCGGCGGGCAACUCCGGGAGCAAGUUCCUGUCCCUGCUGGUGAACCUGGCGUGCGUGGAGGUGCGACUGGCCCUGGAGGAGACAGGCACAGAGGUAAAAGAGGAUGUAGUGACCGCCUGCUAUGCCCUCAUGGAGUUGGGCAUCCAGGAGUGCACCCGCUGUGAGCAGUCACUGCUUAAGGAACCCCAGAAGGUACAGCUCGUGAGCAUCAUGAAGGAGGCCAUUGGGGCUGUCAUCCACUACCUGCAGCAGGUGGGGUCAGAGAAGCAGAAGGAACCCUUCGUGUUUGCCUCGGUGCGGAUCCUGGGCGCCUGGCUGGCCGAGGAGACAUCAUCCCUGCGCAAGGAAGUGUGCCAGCUGCUGCCCUUCCUCGUCCGCUAUGCCAAGACCCUGUACGAGGAGGCCGAGGAGACCGGAGACCUUUCCCAGCAAGUGGCUACCCUGGCCAUCUCCCCUACCACCCCGGGACCCAGCUGGCCAGGGGACGCUCUCCGGCUCCUUCUGCCUGGCUGGUGCCACCUGACUGUUGAAGAUGGACCCCGGGAGAUCCUGAUCAAGGAGGGGGCCCCUUCACUCCUCUGCAAGUACUUCCUGCAGCAAUGGGAGCUCACGUCCCCCGGGCAUGACACCUCGGUGCUGCCCGACAGUGUGGAGAUCGGCUUACAGACCUGCUGCCACAUCUUCCUCAACCUCGUGGUCACUGCACCAGGGCUCAUCAAACGUGACGCCUGCUUCACAUCCCUGAUGAACACCCUGAUGACAUCACUUCCUGCACUCGUGCAACAACAGGGGCGGCUGCUUCUGGCCGCCAACGUGGCCACCCUGGGCCUCCUCAUGGCCAGGCUCCUUAGCACCUCUCCAGCUCUUCAGGGAACACCAGCAUCCCGAGGUUUCUUCGCCGCCGCCAUCCUCUUCCUAUCUCAGUCACACGUGGCACGGGCCACCCCCGGCUCAGAGCAGGCAGUGCUGGCUCUGUCACCUGACUACGAGGGCAUCUGGGCUGACCUGCAGGAGCUCUGGUUCCUGGGCAUGCAGGCCUUCACGGGCUGUGUGCCGCUGCUGCCCUGGCUGGCUCCCGCUGCCUUGCGCUCCCGUUGGCCCCAGGAACUGCUGCAGCUGCUAGGCAGUGUCAGCCCUAGCUCCGUCAAACCCGAGAUGGUGGCCGCCUACCAGGGUGUCCUGGUGGAGUUGGCGCGGGCCAACCGGCUGUGCCGGGAGGCCAUGAGGCUGCAGGCAGGUGAGGAGACAGCCAGCCACUACCGCAUGGCUGCCCUGGAGCAAUGUCUGGCAGAGCCCUGAGGGGAUGGCCACUGGGGACAGACCCAGGCCGGGCAGCGAGGGAAGGAGGGAGGAGGCAUCUUCCCUGAAGCCCCCAAACUGGAUCCCCUCCCCAGAUAUCUCCCCCUCAACAAACACCCCAGCUUUCUGGCUUUUUCCGAGGACAAGGGUACAGCGCCCACCCCUCCAAUGUAAGGAACUGCGUUCCGUCCCGCCAGCCCCCCUUGGGGGCAGGGGUCGGCUUGGAAAUCCACGUGGUUGCCCCCGCCAGGCCGGGGAAGGUUGGAGCAAGCCCCCAGGGAGGGGGGCACGAGGUGUCAUUGUGUCUGAUGUCUGGCUCCCCCCAUGCACAGGAGGGGAGGCCCCAAGCUAGAACAGGGCUGGCAGGAGCUGACUGCCUCUGCCCAUGUGCCCUGCCGGCCAGGGCGUGGGCUCCCCAAGGCUGUGGCAUCCCCCGCUGGCCCUCCAGGUCCACGUCCUUCAAAUUGGCCCCGCAGCCCUCAACCUCUUGGGCAGAAAGCAGGCUCGGGCCAUAGACAUCAGAGACAUCACAGUUCUUCCUAUCAACUAGAGCGCCCCAGGGUCUGAACUUGGCCCUGUCUUUUAGGGGAGCUUGGGGUGGACAGGCCCAGUGGAGGGUGGCAAACCUUUUCCACUGCACUUCCUCAAGAGGACCCAGGGCUCAUUGGACCUGGGUCCCCAAGCUUUUGUUUCGUGUUGCAGCAGAGUGGCUAUAGGGAUUGGGGGUGGGGGGUAUUUAUUUUGCUUGUCCUUAUCCCUGCUUGGACACCUGAGCGUGUGAUCCCUGUGUGGCUCACCUGGCAGGGGCCAGGAACAGGAAGGGCACAUCCCCCAAAUCCGCAUGUUUUCCCCUGUGAUUGCACCCCACUGCCACCGUGGUGCCUGGCUUAAACCCCAGCCCCUUCUACAAGCCCUCUCUGCAGAGAGACGCGCCUGGCGGCUCCAGCAGAGACCACCUUUCUUGGGAACCCAGGGGGAACCCCACCCCAGCACAUAAUGCACACACCCCCUGAUUCUUUGCUUUCCCCACCUCCACCCCCAGCGCGUUCUGUAACCGCCAAGUUCAAAGCUGUGCACAUGUGGACACUCAAUAAAUGUUCAUUGGUGA